UGCUUAUAACGUUAUUAAUCAAAGUUAAUUAUUUAUUCAUUUUAUUGAAGUUCAUUUUAAACCAACCGGUUUUAUCUUUUUUACCGCCAUCUGUUAUUUAAUCUCACCAAGUACGAGAUCUUUUUAUUGUUUGUUUGCUGUUGCAACAAAUGAUUUGACUGAUAGUGGUUAAGUGUUCUUAUUCAUACUCAGUAUGGAUUACAACAGCAACGAUUUCUGUAAUAAUUCCAGUGAUAAAAGUGACUAUCAAAGGCCAACAUCUCCUGAUGAACGAGAAUCCGUCUCAUUACCUCCUCUCAAUGCAAUGGCUUUCACUAUACCACUAGAUGAGCCUAAAGUUAAAUGGAAAGGUAAAAAUUUCAGUAUAAAAGAUGCUAUUCGAAAGUUUGCCCCUCCAAAACCAGAUACCAUUGAAAAACAACGUCCAAUCAAGUCAAGAUCAAGUGAUACCGAAAAAAAUACUUCCAAAUCAAAAGACAAGUUGAUUAAAGAUGACAAAGGAAAGAUACCUAAAGAACCUGAAGGUCAUGUUAGUGAUAGUGCAUCCUACUUGAUUCAAAGAAUGCUUAAUGAUGAAUCUCAACAACUACAAUGUGACAAUAUGGACGAUAGAGAUACUGAAAGGUCCAAUCUGAAAAGAUCAGAUAGUAAACGUAAAGUUAGAGACUCUGUUAAUAGUGCUAAGCGUUCUUCUUCAGUUAAUGGAUGCAUUGGUGAAAAAGAUUCAGGUGUCUGUGAUGAUAAAAGUGAGUCAGGAACUUAUACUUUGGACAAAAAUGAUCCUGUUGUUGAGGAGGCAAGAAGAAGGAUUGAUCAAGUAUUUGGUGUUCCCAGUGAUUCUAAUCAACGAUUUCCGUCCUCUUCAAGCCUAGAUAGGAUGACAUCUUCUCUAGCCUCUAUUUCUGCCCUUAAGUCUCUCCUUUCAUCACCAUCAAAAGCCGAGGUUAACCUGUACAGCUCUUCUGCAACUAUAAAUCGAUCAUCAAAUGAUCAACGUCGUCAAUCAGACACUAAACCUCCUUUAGUUAAUUCAACAUUUCUCAAUUCCAGAGUCAACGUAAGCUGUCCAUCAAGUAACCCUGGUAGUGAUAGUGAAUCAAAUAGUUAUCCCAUUGUUAAACCACAAAGAAAGCACAAUUAUAAGUCUGAAGAUGCUGAUGCAAGUAAAGAUCAGUCUUCCAUGUGGAGCCGUAAAAACUCAAUGGACCGCAGCUCAAUACGUAACAGAACCCAUUCUUUCACAAAGAAAUCAUCACAAUCUCCAUCAUCAUCUCCUACUCCUUCGUCAAUAUUGAGAGCAUCGGGUGUACCAUCAGGCUCGACAAAAGCCUACACAAGCGGAUCAGCGAUUAAUCUAACAAAUCAAGGAUGUGAUAAACUCAAGAGAGUUAACAGUAACCAAAGAAAUGGUUCAGACAUUGAUCUUGGAGAUGAUGAUACAAAUAGUCUUAAAUCAGAUGCAUCGAAUGCAUCAACAGAACCCAGUUCAGGCUCUGGACAGUGUAAAUCAUUAGAUAAUUCAAAUAAGACAUCGAUGCGCUUUAAUCGUGCAUUCGCACUAAGAAGGGCCAAGCUUGGUAUGGAUACUCUCGGAGUCCCAUUAAAUUUAACAGCAGAGCGUCAAGCUCACCACAACUCAAUCUUGGAAUCUCGAAGUAAUCCAAGAUCUACACCUAGUCCUACAUUCAAUCGUAGUGAUGGAGGAAGAUUUAGUUUAAGGGUAAUGAAUAAUAAUCAAAAUUCAAAUAGGAAACCUCCAGCAGGUAAUCCUAAUCAUUGGAGCCGUCAAUCAACAUCAGGAUCCGGAAAUAAUAAUGCCAGGCAACCGAUUGUUAACAAAUUACGCACCAUGAGUACUUCAUCUGACACCGAAAAUCGAUGUUCAUCGCCUGGUCAAUCCCCUUGUCGAUCAAUGAAAUCAUUUCCCAUCCAGAAGAGUUCAUCAUUUCAUAAUCCCAAAGAGUCAAGUACUUUAUCCUCGGUUCGUCAACAGGUUUCCAAUCUUCGGGGAAUGUCACCCUUUUCGGUAUCUAAACGCUUCUUUUCAACCAAACCUCACCAACAACACCAAAUGGGCUACAAUAGUGACAAUACUGGUCUUGGUAAUAACCACAAUUCAACUGGGAUGCAGCAUAAUUUAUCAGCUUCAAGGAAAACCAAUCAAAAUUAUGAAGAUAGACGAAAUAAUAUGAGUGAAAGCUUGAAUGAUUCCAAAUUAUCUCGAUUAACAGGGUCACAUCGAAACCCAGCACAAUCUUCAAUACCAAGCUCAACGCCAUUAAAUAAAGGAGUUCACGCUAAUUCACCAUCAUCACCAUUAUCACCAUCAACACCAAACAGAGCAAUUUAUAAUGGCAAUAAUGGUGAAGGUAAAGGCAAAGAACUGAGUGCCUUAGAUAAGCUUGUUAUUUCAGCCAUUUUUCAAUUAUCUCACAAACUACGCUACAAUUUACGGGUUAUCCUGGAUAAUGAACGAAUAAAGUAUCCCAAAGGAAAUGAGACUCGCCUUAUGAUUGAAGAACUGCUUCCCCAGGUUUCAGUUCAAGAGAAACGAAUGCUUGAUAAUGGUGAUUUAAGUCGAGAUUUAUCGCAUAUAUUGAAAAAUUUGAAAAAAGUUGAACAGAGUUUCGAUGUUGUUACCUUACUUUUGGCUAAUGGAAACGCCAACUCAUUUAGUGGUUCAUCAUCGCCAGGAGGAGAUAAUGACUUUUAUGGUGAUGUUAACGUUUCUUGCAGUGAUUUUCAAGAUGAAUAUUGAUAUUCAACAAUCAGAAUGAACACAUAUUACAAGCAAAAUAUGGAAAAAAAGAAAGAAAAAAAAUGGAUCCAAAAUUUGUCUCUAUUUCUGUUAUCUUGUUAUUCACCCAACUCUUUCUCACAUCUGACCAUUGAAAGCAAAACAAAAACAUUAGCCAUGGUUCAUGUCCUUUUAUCUGCUGCCUUUUUAUCCAAGCCUCUGGAAUAUUAUUAUCCUAUUAUCAUUAUUUCAAAGUAAAGGAAAGGAGAUAGCAAGAUGAUAAAAAUGUCUCUUUCAUUCAUCUAUCAGAAACUGAAUCAGACCUGAACAACUUGACCAGAAUCACAGCAACCAUCUCAACUUGGUGUCCAAUUUUCACACUAACUUGACUCUUCAAUCUGGAUAAUUUUCCUUCUUCUAGUUCUUUUAUAAUAUAAAUAUAUUAUAGUUAUUAUUUUUAACGUUUAUCUUCACCCACAAAACACACAAAAAAUACGCAUACAAAUACACCACAUCAACCGACUAACAUAAAUUUACACACACAACAUAUUUAACUCUUGAGAAGUCCAGAAAGUUUGAAAUACAAUGUAUUUUUUAAACCAUUAUCCCCAUCAUUAUCAACAUAAUCAUGGCUAACAACUGAAAAGAGAUGAAUUUAUAAUAACUCUUUUGUUGUGUUUAUUUGUGUGUACAUUUAAGUCUCCCAGAUACACUUCAACACAUACAUAUAUAUUUUGAAUCAAUUUGAUUUUUUUUUAAAAAAUCUAAAUAUAUAUUUAUGUACUUGCGCUUCAUUUUUUGGCUUGUAAACACAAUUUGAGGCAACUUUUGCUGAAAAAUAUUUACACACACAUGCUUUAUAUAUAUUAUAUUAAUUGCUUUUGACUGUACAGCUUUUGGAUCUUUUCAUUUGAUCUGUUAAAUUCAAUUUACAAUCAAUCUGGUAAAA